AACCCUCACAUUUCACUCGCACAUCUCCUUGUGGUUUAAGCACUCUCUGUCUCCAUUUUAUACAUAUAUGUAUCUUCAUUUCUUCUCUCUCUAUACAAACUAGGGCUUCUACCUCCCUCUCUAUAUCUAACAAUUUAUGGCGUUUUAUCGCAUCAUCCUCCGAUCUCUCCGACGAUCCUCGUCUCUCUCCACCACCACUACAUCCACCACCCAAACCCUAGCUCUCCACCACCACAUAGACCAUCAUUUCCAACCACAAAACCCUAAUUUCACACUUCCGUUCCGCUCCUUCGCCUUCUCCUCAGCUGAGGAAGCUGCGGCGGAGCGCCGCCGCCGCAAGCGUCGCCUCCGAAUAGAGCCACCCCUCCACGCCCUCCGCCGCGACCCCUCCGCCCCCCGCCCCAGGCCGGACCCCAACGCGCCGCGCCUCCCGGACUCCACAUCCGCCCUCGUCGGCCCCCGCCUCAACCUCCACAACCGCGUCCAGUCCCUCAUCCGCGCCGGUGACCUCGACUCUGCCUCCGUCCUCGCUCGCCAGGCCGUCUUCUCCAACACACGCCCCACCGUCUUCACCUGUAACGCAAUCAUGGCUGCCAUGUACCGCGCUAAGCGCUUCGAUGACGCAAUCGCGCUCUUCCAGUUCUUCUUCAACCAGUCCAACAUCGUCCCCAACAUUGUCUCCUACAACUUCUUCAUCAACACUCACUGUGAUGCUGGCCGAGUUGAUGUCGGUCUCGAAGUGUAUAGAGACAUUCUGGCUAAUUCCCCGUUUAGCCCUUCGGCCGUCACGUAUCGCCUUCUCACGAAAGGGUUAAUCGAUGCAGGUCGGAUUGGGGAAGCUGUUAACCUCCUUCGGGAGAUGCUGAACAAGGGUCACGGUGCAGAUUCACUCGUUUUCAAUAAUUUGAUUUCUGGGUUUCUCAAAUUGGAGAAUUUGGAUAAGGCAAAUGAGCUUUUCGACGAGCUCAAAGAGCGUUGCCUUGUGUAUGAUGGUGUCGUCAGUGCUACGUUUAUGGAUUGGUUCUUUAAUAAAGGAAGGGAAAGAGAAGCCAUGGAUUCGUACAGGUCAUUGCUUGAUCGGCAAUUUCAGAUGAUUCCGGCGACCUGUAAUGUUCUAUUGGAGGUGUUGCUUAAACACAGGAAGAAAGCCGAGGCUUGGGCAUUGUUUGAUAACAUGUUGGAUAAUCACACCCCUCCUACUUUCCAAGCCGUAAAUUCAGAGACUUUUAACAUAAUGGUGAAUGAAUGUUUCAAGUUGGGGAAGUUUUCGGAGGCAAUGGCUGUGUUUAAGAGGGUGGGUAAGAAGGUGAAGUCGAAGCCUUUUUCAAUGGAUGUUGCUGGAUACAAUAACAUGAUCACAAGGUUGUGUGAGAAUGGGAUGAUGCCGGAAGCAGAGAAGGUGUUUGGGGAAUUGUCGAGUAAGUCUUUGAAUCCGGAUGUCACGACUUACAGGACGUUAAUUGAUACUUAUUUUCGGGAAGAGAGGGUUGAUGAUGCUCUGCAAAUGUAUACCAAGAUGGUGGAGGCCGGGUUGAGAGUGAUUCCGGUUUAUGCCAAUAGAUGGUUCACUGAAUUGGUUGAGAAAGGUAAGGUUGUGGAGUGCGUGUGGAUUUUGACAAAAAUGGGAGAUAGAGAUCCAAAACCAGACGUCCUGAGCUAUGAUGUUGUGAUUAGGGAGCUUUGCAAAGAAGGUUAUUUGGACGCCAGUCUGGCUUUACUGAGCCAAAUGGUCAGGUAUAAUGUUGGCAUCACUUCUCCACUGAGAGAAUUAGUAUCUCAGGCUUUUGGGAAAGAAGGACGAGGCGAACAGAUUGAGAACCUUUUUAUCACUAGAGGACCAGGUUAUGGUGCACGUUAUCAACCAACAGGACCUCCUCCAAUGGCAGGACAACCAACAGGACCUCCUCAAAUGGCAGGACAACCUACAGAACCCCCUCAAAUGGCAGGACAGAUAAGAGCUUGAUUCUUAGAUGUGAAGUCAAGGUUUGAAGCACUUGUUUUCUCAUCUUCAAUUUUUGAUUUGGUAAGAAUUACAGUAGUUAUAUUCACUUUGCAUGGUUAAUCAUGUGGUAUGUUUUUUAUAGAAGUCAAUUAUAGGCUUAGGGGGCUCUUCAUGCCUAUUGAGUCUAUCAUAUAUCUUAUGUAUCUUUCUGAUUUGAAUAGUAAUUGAAGUGCAGUUUGGACCUCUC